AUGAGUACCGCUGGGGACAUUUUCGUCCAUGAACUGUCAGAUGUUUUGACUGAUAGAGUUGGCGUCGGCACUAAAUUCUGGCAAUACGUGGUUGUGCUCCCUGAUGCCGUGAUCGGAGUUGAUUGCAAUGUCUGCUCCCACUGUUUCAUUGAGAAUGAUGUUGUUGUCGGUGAUCGAGUCACAAUCAAGAAUGGCGUGCAACUAUGGGACGGUCUGCGGCUGGGCGAUGACGUAUUUGUUGGGCCUAACACAACCUUUACUAACGAUAAAUUCCCUCGCAGCCUGAAACACCAGAAUACACCAUUAACCACAGUCAUAGAGUCAGGCGCAUCCAUUGGAGCAGGGGCAACAAUAUUGCCUGGACUAAAAAUCGGGCAAAAUGCGAUGGUGGGAUCGGGGGCCGUUGUGACGCGAUCGGUUCCGGCUAACGCUAUUGUUGUCGGUAACCCGGCCAGAAUUGUUGGCUAUGUAGAUGCCAGUUUAGAGAGGGCUGAUACCGACUCGGAGCCGCAACCCGCUCAAACCGGCAGGUCAAAGGUGUCAGGGGUCGAGUUACAUCCAAUGCAUCGGGUAGCCGAUAUCCGUGGAGCCCUUACAGUGGGAGAGUUCGAUCGUUCUAUACCUUUCGAGGCCAAACGUUAUUUCAUUGUAUUUGAUGUGCCCAGUGUCGAGACUCGAGGCGAGCACGCGCAUCGUCAGUGUCAUCAGUUCCUUGUUUGCGUGCGCGGUAGUGUGUCGGUGGUGGCUGACGACGGCAAAAAUCGAGAGGAGUUUCUGUUGGAUCGUCCCGACUUAGGUUUACAUCUUUCGCCUAUGGUCUGGGGUAUCCAGUAUAAAUACUCUGCAGAUGCCGUUCUGUUGGUUUUUGCAUCCGAGUUUUACGAUGCCGGGGAUUACAUUCGCGACUAUAACGAAGAACUGCAGGCCGAGAUAGAUGAAGCAAUUGCACGUCUUCUGGCCAGUGGCUGGUACAUCCUUGGCCCCGAAGUUGAGGCGUUUGAAACUGAGUACGCAGCCUAUUGUGAGGCUUCGUACUGCAUCGGUGUCGGUAACGGUCUGGAUGCGUUGCACCUCGCUCUGCGUGCGAUGGACGUUGGUCCAGGUGAUGAGGUCAUUGUUCCUUCAAACACUUACAUUGCCACCUGGCUGGCGGUAAGCCAGUGCGGAGCAACCCCGGUGCCAGUGGAGCCUUUCGAGGCUACCUACAACAUUGAUCCGGGAUUAAUCGAAGCGGCAAUUACGCCAGCGACAAAAGUGAUUUUGCCGGUUCAUUUAUAUGGGCAGCCUGCCGAUAUGGACCCAAUAUUGAAGAUUGCUCACAAGCACGGCUUAAAAGUACUGGAAGAUGCCGCUCAGGCCCAUGGCGCCCGCUAUAAGGGAAAACGCCUUGGCGCUCAUGGCGACGCGGUGGCCUGGAGUUUUUAUCCCUCAAAAAACCUUGGCGCUCUGGGGGAUGGUGGUGCGGUCACAACAGAUGAUCCUGAGCUGGCGCAGCGCAUUCGUCUCCUGCGUAAUUACGGCUCCAGCGAGAAGAACGUUAAUAAAAUACAGGGCUACAACAGUCGACUGGAUCCAAUUCAAUCGGCAGUUCUGCGGGUGAAGCUCCAAUAUCUGGAUGCGUGGAACGCAAGACGGUCUGUCAUCGCGGACCAGUAUCUGCGUGGGUUGACCGGCACCGGGCUAGCUUUACCGUUGGUCCCAGAUGGAAUUGAACCAGUAUGGCACUUGUUUGUUGUUCGUCAUCCGGAUAGAGACGAACUGCAGAACAAGCUCGUGAACGCGGGCAUUGGCAGCCAGGUUCAUUACCCGAUUCCUCCUUACGACCAACAGGCGUACUCUCAACUGGGAGUCACAGCGGAUGCCUUUCCACUUGCCUCAAGGAUGGCGAGCGAGGUGCUGAGUUUGCCCAUGGGGCCGCAGCUUGAUCGGGACGCGGUUGAAAAAGUCAUCGAAGAGGUUCUGGCUGUUGAUGAAUAA